AUGCAAAGACUGAGCACCUACCCGUCAAAAAAGGGACUGCCCCCCGUGCCACGACGAGAUCUGGGUUUCCAGGGGUCAAAGGUCACCCUGGGUGUGCCAUGGCCUCUGUGUUUGGAAAAUCUUCCAUUACAAUACGUACAUGCGAUGUUGUUUGCACUGGAGGAAAUCAAUCAUAGUACAACCUUGCUACCAGGUGUGAAGCUGGGUUAUCAUAUUCGUGAUAGCUGUGCCCUCCACCCUUGGGCUAUGCAAGCAGCCCUGUCACUGGUUGGAGGAGACAGCCCUAGCUGUGAUCAGCCUGUUCCUUUGAUCAUUGGUGGUUCCUCAUCCAUAGCAGCCAAGAUACUCUGCAGUAUCCUGGGACCACUCUCCGUACCUUUAAUGAGCUACACGUCAAGCUGUCCCUGUCUAAGUGACAGGCAAAAAUUUCCCAACUUCUUCAGAACCAUGCCCAGUGAUAUUUACCAGGCCCGGGCCAUUGCCCAGCUUGCCAUGCGCUUCAACUGGACCUGGAUUGGGGCAGUGGUAGCAAACAAUGACUAUGGCCACAUGGCAGUAAAGGUAUUUCAGGAGGAGACUCAGGGGAAAGGAGUGUGUCUGGCAUUUGUAAAGACUCUCCAAAGGGAAAAUAUUGUGAGUGAUGCCAGAAGUGCAGCUCUAACAAUUCAGGCCUCGACUGCAACUGUGAUUCUGAUUUUUUCCUGGUAUACUGAUGUGAGGGAACUGUUCCUGCAGCUAGACAAGAUAAAUGUGACUGACAGACAGUUUCUUGCCAGCGAGGCUUGGAGCACCAGUGGUAAUCUUCUACAAAGUCUUGUCACUUCUAGAGUGGCAAGUGGUGUUCUUGGUGUGGCCAUUCGAAGUUCACCUAUACCUGGAUUUGAAAAUUAUCUCAAAAGUUUAAACCCAUCUCGUCAUCCUGAAGAUGAGUUUUUAAAAGAAUUUUGGGAAAAUGAGUUUGGAUGGACAGAGUCUCUGGAGGGAGUGCAGAAUCUCUUUACUGAUACCUCCCAGCUGAGAGUGACAUAUAAUGUGUACCUUGCUGUUUAUGCUGCAGCCCACGCCCUUCACAGCCUUCUCUCCUGCCCUAACAAAGACAACAGCUCCACUUGCUCCUCUCCAAAAAACAUCAAACCCAUAGAGCUGUUGCAGCGCUUGGACAUCGUGAAUUUCACCACGCCACAGGGUGAACUGUUAUAUUUCGAUGGUGCUGACGUUCCAGCAAAGUACGACCUUGUCAACUGGCAGGCCAACCCUGAUGGGUCACAAAAACUUGUCUUGAUUGGUCGUGUGGAUGGGUUUGAUCUCCAACUCAAUGAGUCAGCUAUUCAGUGGAGCACAGGAUCCAAUCAGGUGCCUGUUUCAGUGUGUAGUGAGGGCUGCCCCCCAGGUACCCGAAAGGCCAACAGGAAAGGAGAACCUAUCUGCUGCUUUGACUGCAUCCCAUGUGCUGAUGGAGAGAUUAGCAAUAAAACUGGUUCUCUUCACUGUGACCGUUGUCCUUUAGAGUUCUGGUCCAAUGUUAAACGAACAGCCUGUGUCCGUCAUCAGCUGGACUUCCUUUCCUUUAAUGAAACUUUGGGUAUUACUCUGACUACAGUAGCUGCAUCUGGCGCUGCAGUGACAACAGCUGUGUUUGUGGUGUUUAUUUGCUACCAUCAAACACCUAUGGUGCGAGCCAACAAUUCAGAGCUGAGCUUCCUCCUUCUUGUGUCGCUGAAGCUCUGCUUCCUGUGCUCGCUGGUCUUCAUUGGCCGUCCAUCAGCCUGGGCUUGUCGGUUCCAGCAGGCAGCUUUUGGGAUCAGCUUUGUACUUUGUGUUUCCUGCCUCCAAGUCAAGACCAUAGUUGUUUUGGCAGCGUUCCGCUCAGCUCGGCCUGGUGCUGGAGCCCUGAUGAAGUGGUUUGGUCCAAACCAACAGAGAGGAAGUGUCUGCCUCUUUACCUGUAUACAGGUUAUCAUCUGUAUUAUUUGGUUAUCGCUGAGCCCCCCGGAGCCACAAGCUGACUUGGAUAUCCCGGGAUUACAGGUCACCCUGAAGUGUGCCAUGGCCUCUGUGGUGGGCUUCUCUCUGGUUCUCGGCUACAUUGGCCUGCUGGCCUGCACCUGUCUCCUCUUGGCCUUUCUUGCUCGGAAACUCCCUGACAAUUUCAAUGAGGCCAAACUGAUCACCUUCAGCAUGCUGAUAUUCUGUGCUGUGUGGAUAGCUUUUGUCCCUGCUUAUGUUAGCUCUCCUGGAAAAUAUGCAGUGGCAGUAGAGAUUUUUGCAAUCCUGGCCUCUAGUUAUGGCUUACUGCUCUGUAUCUUUGCUCCAAAGUGUUUCAUUAUUCUUUUAAGGCCUGAGAAAAAUACAAAGAAACACCUGAUGGGCAGGUAG